AUGUCUGCUCCGGCUACGCCUAUCAUUGGCGGUCAGGACUCUGGGGAUACAGGCGACUGGUCAGGCAUUCACCUUCAACCUGGUGCGCUAGCUACACUUCAGGCCCUAUCUGGUCCUGGUUCCGAUAUUGAGGAGUAUCAAACACCUGCAGACCAGGUGAUUGAGGUUCCUCAGGAGCAGAUGGCCGAGGCCAGACCACAACCACCACGCCUGAUCACCAACCUGCCACGAGCGUCGAUCAUGCUUUCGCCAGCUCAGCAGCGAUCGCUUGCGGGCUUGACGAGACUCGAGAUUCCUUCCCCAGGUGGAUUCUUCUCCGGCCUAUCACCACGAACCCGCAACACAUGGCAUUUUGGCGCCUCUCCCGCGGAUGAUAUGCCCCCACCCACGUCAACAACUGCUGAGCAGUUCUACAGAACGCCAUGGAACAUGGAAACCGCUCCUCCCGUCCCACGUCCAGCUCAGAUUCAACGGCCACUGCACAUGGCCAGCGGCAACUUCUCGUCUUUACCAGUCGAGCAGGUUGUUGAAGCCCCUGAGAGUGCCCAGGAGGACCUUCCCACUGCAUUCCGUAAUGAAGACACCCCAGUCCCGAAUACCGCGAAGCGUAUUCCAGCCCCACCAUCAGCAUCUUCGGAUGAUGACGAAGAAGCUGCAUCGCCCGCAUCACCAAAGGAGAUGAUCAAGGAGAUAGUCGCUGAUGUCAACCCAGAAUACGCCCGCAGGCAGCAAGAAGUUGCGCUCUCGCAUCUCGAUCGCACAGAGAUGUGGUUGAUGGCACAGCGAGCUUACCUCAGAGGGCCUGGUGAUUUUGAGGAGACAGAGGAUGAUCAAUCCAAUGAAGAAGAACCCAACUUGAAGGCAAAGGGCAAGCAGCCAGAAUCCCAGCUCGAAGUCCAGACGCCUCCUGAAGUUCCACCCAAAGAUAAUGAGCCUGAAAAGACUGAAGUCGCUACCUUGACAAGGAAGAAGACUGUUCGAUUCUCCGAACAGGUCAAGCCAGAGCCAAUCCCGCGCUCCCUUCCUUCCAAGCUUGUACGCCAGGAGAGUGCAUACUACCGUGCCUUCCAGGACUACACGGUGCGCUCUCUAUCGCAAGAUGUCUUUGUUCAUCGCAUGCCUCGCUUUGAGGCUCUCCAGGCACAACGUGUUUCGCUCCGCGAGGCACACCGCAAUCAACUGCUCGGCAAGUACCAGCUCAGCGUCCUGCCCCAAUCUGCCAAGAAGCGUAUGAGUGCCAACGUUGUCCGUGGAGAUGACGUCCUUCUUGAUGACCCAGAGAAGCUUAAGGCUGAGAAAGAGGCCGAAGCUCUUUCGCAGAUGAAUAUGUCCACUUGGCAUGUGGCUGCCACACGCCUACUCAACGGCGGACGACUUAUCGCAGCCCCAGUGCACAAGCGUCUCGCACGCAUGUCUACCCACGGCGCUGCCUCAAGCGGCCGUCGUGAGCGCUCGCGCAUCCUUGACCUCGGCGGUCAGUCCACGGGCGACUGGGCCUGGCAUGCGGCCCUGCAGUACCCUAAUGCUAAGAUCUACACCGUCACAACCAAGGCGAUCCGUCAGCUGUCCAAUUCCAACAUUCGCGGCCCACCAAACCACCGUCAGGUGGCUGUUGAGAGGCUGGCGCGCCUACCAUUCCCAGAUGACCACUUUGACCUAGUUAGCGCCCGGGAACUACACUCUAUUCUCAAGUUUACAGGAGAGCACGGCGAGGACGAGUGGGAGAGCUGCCUGCGUGAGUGCUACCGCGUGCUCAAGCCCGGUGGCUAUCUCGAGUUCCAAGUCCUGGACAGCGACAUCGUCAACGCUGGCCCUCUCGGUCUCGCCAAGAGCGUCGAGUUCGGUUUCACCCUCAAGACACUCGGCUAUGAUCCCAACCCCACUCGCAUGUUCCUCAACCGCCUGUCUCGCGCGGGCUUCGAGGAUGUUCGCCGCGCAUGGAUGGCACUACCCAUGGGCCCCAAGCCCUCGCCCAGACCCGGUGCGACCGCCACUGCGGCCCGCCAGUCGAUGCUGCAGGCGCCCGUGCUCGGCAAGACGCUCGAGCUCGAGGCCAUGGUGACGGGCAGCGCCGAGCACGUUGCCGGCGUGACGGGCCUCGCCGCGGGCUGGAGCUGGGAGCGCUGGCUGCUGCGCUGCGAGAUGGAGAAGGCGGCGGGCGAGCUGCGGCUCGCGGACACGGUGACGGCGAGCGACGCGAUGCGCGAGGCCGGCAAGGGCGUCGACAACGUGCACGCCGUCGUGGACGAGGGCCGCGCGUGCAAGGCCGCCUUCCGUAUGCUCAAGGGCUACGCGCGCAAGCCGAAGCCAGAUAUGGGAACCCUCACCUUCGUGCUAGACUUUGAUAGCAUGAUCUAA